GCACCCUCAACUCCUCUAAUCACACAGCCUUCUGAAUGAUCUGUAAACCUCCUCCAACCAAGACCCUACGAACCACAAAACAAAAUGCCCAUUCUCACCACCUUCCCCCUGCCCGCCUCCCCGGCCGCCCUCCAGGUGCCCGAGGAGUCCUCCUCCUCCUCCUCCUCCUCCGCCGCCGCCCCGUUCUUCCUGGCGUUUGUGACCUCGCCCGACCCGGCGACGGGACAGUCGUGGUGCCCGGACGUGCGCGCCGCCUGGCCGGUCCUCGAGGCCGCCUUCUCCGCCGCCGAGGCCCCGCGCCUGGCUGUUGUGGAGGUUGGGCAGAAGCCUGAAUGGAAAGACUUGGGAAAUAUCUACCGCACGACGUGGAAGGUCCCGUGCAUCCCCACGGUGAUUCGGUAUGAGGUUGUAGCCGGGCAGACGGUGGAGACGGGGCGGUUGGCAGAGGGGGAGAUCCUGGAGAAGGGGCGGUUGGAGGGGUUGAUUCGGGGGGUUUGAAAGGUGGGAACUGUUCUU